AUGGAAUAUCCUGAAAUUUUCAAUGUCGACGAGGAUGAAUUCUUGAUUGGCGCAGUCCGUGAUCCAUUUGAUCUGAUUCAGCUAAACAAACUGCAUUCAUUAUGGAACAGCCAAGGCGCCUUGGAAUGGUCAUCCGGUGUCAACGAUUUUCCUCUCUUCAGUUUGAUAGAUCCAGAUGGGUGUUUGGUAGGAAAACUUAACGGUCGCAUCGUCAGCAUUCUCAUUGCGAUAAAUUACUCCAAAACUAACUCAUUCAUCGGCGCUUUCAUAACGGAUCCCAAACUACGAAAUAGGGGUUACGGCACGCGCUUGUGGGAGGCUGCUUUGGCGCAUUGCGGCAAACGCUGCAUUGGUAUGUACGCCGUUGAGACAAUGGUUAAGCGGUACCAACGCGAUGGAUUCCAGUCAAUGGGAAAGGUACUAAUCUACAAGAUUGGUCAACUGGAUCGUUUUGAUGAUCCAGAAGAUGACAGCAUCACGGAUGCCAACACGGUGCCACUCCAGGAAUUGACUGUAUUCAAUCAAAGCACCGGUCUGGCUCAUCUGCCGGGAAAUUUCCUGCAAGCGUGGAUGCGGCAGCCGGGAGCCGUUGCGGUAGCCUAUAAAUCACGAGACGGACUCUUGGGAUAUGGAAUAAUUCGUCGGUGUUAUGCCAAUGGAAUGUGGAAGAUUGGACCGUUGGUGGCGACGGAUGGCAGAGCUGCGGAAAAGAUCCUCCAUGUUCUGCUCAGCAGAGCACCGGAUGCCCGUGGUGUCCUGAUGGAAGUUUUCGCUGACAAUAAGCCGGCAGUUGAAUUGGUAGAGGGGUUAUGUGGCACCGUGCUGGAGGAAAAUGUGAUAAUGUACCGCAGUAUUACUGGCAGUGAAGUUCACUCAAAUUUUACCUCUUGCAUUUAUGCAGUUACAUCUGGUGUGAUCGGUUAA